GAACAAUUUUCUGCGCAAUGCGCACACAGUGAAUAAACGUUCAAAUGAGAAGGGCCGAUUCACAUAACUGAAUUCAUCCUCUAGCAGACAAGGCUAUAGGCAGCAGAGAGCUAAUAACGCGCGGAUUGCUAGAAAUAGGCUAAAUACCGGCGUUUACCCGGUUUGUUGAUAUCUCAACGGACGGUCAAGCGCUGCCUUCUGCCCUGUUUCCGUUUCUUGACUGCUGACGUGACACCUGGAGAGGGCUCUCGUGCCUUCCGUGAUUGACCGGAGAAAGGCUCGAGGAGUGUGUCGUCAGGACGGACGGGGCUGGCCCGGUGGAAAAAGGUUGUCCUAUUGUGUUGGCAGAAGGCGGGCCGGUGUUGCGUGUCUCUGGGAGUGUGUAGCCGGUGGAAGGAAAGCCUCCGCCGAAAGAAAGAAGCAGCUGGAUAAACCACGAACCCGUCCAGGAAAAAAAAAAAAACCCAUACAAACUGGAUUUUCUGUCUGAACACCUCCGAGAGAGCUGGACCAAACCGAAAUGAUUUUCUGACCUAAUGAAUAACUCGCCUUUUCUCCUGCUAAACCCGAACUUUGACAACCAGUUCCGCUGCUUUCCUGGCUCUGCUGCUAGCCUUCUACCCAGCUAACCAUGGCCCAGGUCGGGAAUGGAUCUGCGAAUAACGCCGAAGACGAGGAUUGUUUUGAAGAUGCCUACGACCAGAUACCCGUGGCCGGUAAGAUGGACUUGAAGACUUCCAUAGAAGAGUGUUCUAUGGCUCUGAACCUGGUCCUGAACAACAAGUUCUCAGAGGCCCUGGACCUCCUCAAACCAUGGUGGAAGGACAGUAUGUAUCAUGCCUUGGGCUACAGUUCUAUCCUGGUGAUGCAGGCUGCCAUGACGUUUGAACACAGAGACAUACAGACAGCCAUGGCCGUCAUCAAAGAGGCCAUAGCAACCUGCCAGAGGUUCAGGAAGAGAAACUCUGUGGUGGAGUCUAUCUCCAGUCUGGUGACGAAACAAUCUAAUGGCCCCCUCAGAGAAGAGGAGAUGUAUCGCAGGAGAUCAUGCGAGGCUGCGCGUGCACAGAAAGCCACGCUAACCUUCGUACAGGAUGAAAACAUGAUCAGCUUCAUCAAAGGAGGGAUCAAAAUACGCACAAGUUACCAGAUUUACAAGGAAUGUCAGAAUAUUCUGAACGUGACUCAGGACCAUAGCAGUGAAUCGUUCAGGCAGUUUGAAGGAGGAGUGAGACUGGGUAUCGGAUCCUUCAACCUGAUGCUGUCCCUCCUUCCUCAAAGAAUCCUCAGGUUGCUGGAGGUCAUCGGCUUCUCUGGCAACAGAGACUUUGGCCUGUCUCAGCUGAAAGAAGGAGCGGCCAGCCACGGUCUCAGAGCUGUCCUCAGUGUGUUGACACUGCUGCUGUACCAUACUUAUGUUACGCUCAUACUGGGUACUGGAGAAGGAAACCUUGUAGAGGCAGAAUCCUUACUGCAACCCUACCUGGAGAAGUUCCCUAACGGGUCAAUCAUUCUGUUCUACUCUGCUCGGAUCGCUGUGCUCAGAGGAAGCUUCGAGAUGGCCCAGUUAAAGUUUGAGGAGUGUAUCUCAGCCCAGUCUCAGUGGAGACAGAUCCACCACCUGUGUUACUGGGAGUUGAUGUGGAGUCACUCCUUCACUCAGGACUGGCUGCAAGCAUACAGAUACGCUGACCUGCUCUGUAAGGAGAGUCGCUGGUCCAAGGCCAUCUAUGUCUAUCAGAAGGCUGCUAUCCUGUCUAUGUUGCCUGAAGAGGAGAUCAAGAAGACAGGAGAGAACGUGGUAGAGCUGUUCAGGCAGGUGGAGGGGCUGAAGCAGAGACUAGCAGGGAAGUCCAUACCUACAGAGAAGUUUGCAGUGAGGAAAUCAAGACGAUACAACACUAGUAACCCUGUCAAACUGGUGGUGCCAGCACUGGAGAUGAUGUAUAUAUGGAAUGGUUUCACCAUCGUAGGAAAGAGAGCAGACGCCACAGAGAGUCUCCUCAUCACCAUAGAGAAGACAGAGGAGGAGCUAUGCAACGACCCCAGUCCGUCAGAGUACCAUCCUGAUGACCAGUGUCUGGUUCAGAUGUUAAAAGGUCUCUGUCUUAAACACCUGGGAAGACUACUGCAGGCUGAGCUGUGCUUCACACAGGUUCUGUCCAGUGAGCGGAGAAUCAGAUAUGACCACUAUCUGAUCCCCUUCACCCUGUAUGAGUUGGGUCUGCUCUACAAACAACAGGGGGACUACAUCAAGGCUACACGCUACAUAGAGAACGCCAAGUUGAACUACAAGGACUACUCCAUGGAGUCCAGGCUUCACUUCCGGAUCCACGCAGCCCUCAACAGUCUCAAGGGAUCGCCUGUCAGCACACCAUAACUACAGCCCGACUACAAUCAGACUACAAUCAGACUACAUUCAGACUACAAUCGAUUUACACCAUAACUACAGUCCAACUACAGAUGGACACUAGAAAUACCCCUAAAGCUACACUGACAACGUUUGAUAUAAACCCCAAAUACAACUCAACUACAGUUGGACUACACCAGAACCUGUCAGUCACACUAUCAAGUACUAUGAAGUGUAUUAUAACGUGUACUUAGGUAGUAAAUAUAUAUAUACACUGCAUAUAGUAUGGAGAAUAUACAAUAUUGUCUGAUAGUAACGACUGUAUCUAUGUAUAUAUUCAAAAGUUUUAGAACACCUACUCAU